AUGGGUUGUAUCCUUCUAUGUGUCGCUUUAAAAACAGGUGACAUUACAGGUAACACUGACGUCAGUCCUAGCACUCCAAGCACCAACUCGACAGAGAACAGCACUGUCAGCUCUACUGUAAAUGAUUACAGUGCUGUCAACUAUACUGUAAAUGAUAACAGUACUGUCAACUCUACUGUAAAUGAUAACAUCACUGACAGCUCUACUGUAAAUUAUAACAGUACAGACAGCUCUAAUAUAAACGACACCAGUUCUACAAGCUCCAUUGCAAAUGUCAAUGACACAACAACCACAGAUGAAUCGACAAAUGUUGCACCUACUGAUGAAUACAACAUCACUGAGUAUACCACAGUAACCACAUAUGACACGACAAAUGAUCCCUCUUGCUACAUACAGAACAGCACUGUGCCAACUGGAAUAACUCUCUGGUUUCCUGAGAUUGAAGACCUCAAUGGCACUCUCGUAGCUAGUUUUAAUUGCACAGAAGGGGGCUGUAUCGUUAAGAAAAACUUGAGCCUCAACUCAACAUUCGUAGCGGUUAAAAAACAGCCGUGGUCAACGAAUACGCCUUGCGCAGAAAACAUCAAGACCAUUCUAAAACAGACAGAAAUUUCGGAGUUUCAAAAUGGCGACACAGUUAUGUUCUACUGCGCUGGCGGUACUAUACGCCGGCCCUCCGGUUGGAGCUUGACUCUAAGCUCUGAGCUCAAUCUGACCUGUGAUGACAUGGGAUCAUGGUGGUGUGAGCUUGAAAACUCAACUGACGUGUUGUCUCUCAACAUAAGCGUCCGGUGUCCUAUACAACUGACGUCAGCACUAAAUGAACCAACCAUCCCCGUGAGUACCUAUCUCCUGUAUAACAUACCUGUCGUCGGUUACCCCCUACACGCCACGUUUCACUUACUGAUGAGUGAGGUCACCUGCGGCACCCGCACUGACGUCACUGUCGCUGAUGACGUGUACAACGUCUCGCUGCAAACAACCGGAGAUCCCCGGUCAGGAAAUGUUACUCUCCGUAUCCCUGUUAUAAAAGAUGAGUAUUUGACCAACUGGACACUGCUCAUCAACAACAGCGUGGGCAAGCCAUUGGUCAGUCGUUUCAAACUGGUCUCAGAAACAGGGGCAGAGCACUCCGUCAGCUGUGAUGACCAACCUGACAUCUCCUCCAUCAUCAUCAUCGCAGUCCCCACAGCUCUGGCCAUCUUUAUCGUCAUCGUUCUUAUCGUCGUCAUCGUCGUCGUGGUGAAAAGAAAAAAACAGACCAGACGAGCCAAUGAAAUAAGGGCACGUCGUUUCGACAUUGUGGAGCCCGAGCAGAAGUCCCGGUCACGUGACGCAGAGAGCGUGAACUUUGACCGACAGGUGUCGCUGACGUCAUUCACAGGUUCCUGUCACAGUAUCCCGGCAGACGACAAUUUCUCACUGGAUUCUCUCUCGGGGAGAAAUGGACUGCACGACAUUGAUUCACAAGGUGAUAAGCAGCUAAGUCCAGUUAACUCUGGCAAGUUUGCGUUUCAUCAAAAUAAUCACGGUUAG